UCGCGUCUGUGUAUUUUUUAUCGUCAAUAUGCUUUUUCAUAUAAUUUUCAUAAUGUUCCUAAUGCAAUACAGUAUUGCGAAGACGUAUACCCUUGAAGUGAGAGGUGAACGACCGAUCAAGGACAGUGAAGAUUAUAUAAUCCAAGGAUUCCAUAAAAUUGACAAAAGAGGUGUUUAUAACGUUGAGACUUUUUCUAGACCCACUGGAAUGCACUCCAGGGAACAAACAGUUAUAGUUGUACCUAACGAAGGGUCAACCACUCAAACGCGAAACAACGCAAAUAAAGAUACAACAGUCGUCGUUGUGAGCUCAGAUAAUAACCACCAAAACCGGGGCUGAUGUAAAAGGCAAACCAUCAGAAAAAAUAAAUAAAAAAAACGACUAUUUUUAUAAUCCAUAUCAAUAUGUUUUUCUACAAACCUCCAUUAAUAUUAUGAACGUACGUCAAUGAUUAAAUAAUAAAUCGACGAAUUAUUUAAAUCUUUUAUUCUACACUAUAAUUAGGUAUUAACAAUUAUUAGAAUUCACUUAUUUGAGUAACAUCUGUUGGGUAAAACUUCG